CGGGGGAAUGUAGGGAGACAGCCCUGCCGCCAUUUUGUGAGGUGUUUGUCGUAGCGGCUGGAGAGAGAAGACGGCGGUUUGGCGACAUUUCUCGGCCCAAAGGCCUUUUGCUUUUGCGGAGAUGCGGCAUUCCAAACGAACUCACUGCCCUGACUGGGAUAGUAGAGAAAGCUGGGGACAUGAAAGCUACAGUGGAAGUCACAAACGGAAAAGGAGAUCUCACAGUAGCACGCAAGAGAACAGACAUUGUAAACCACAUCAUCAUUUUAAAGAAUCUGAUUGUGCUCCAUGUGCAUCCCUCUUGAAGCUUCGCACUCUGUUGAAGAGGACACUCAUCCCAGUCAUUAUUUAGAAGCAAGGUCCUUGAACGAGAGAGAUUAUCGGGAUCGGAGAUACGUUGAUGAAUACAGAAAUGAUUACUGCGAAGGAUAUGUUCCUAGACAUUAUCACAGAGACAUUGAAAGCAGUUACCGAAUCCACUGCAGUAAAUCUUCAGUCCGAAGCAGAAGAAGCAGUCCUAAAAGGAAGCGUAAUAGACAUUGUUCAAGUCAUCAAUCACAUUCGGUAUGAUUGAUUUUGUUUUGGGUGUCUACUUGUGUGUAAAGGCUCUUAAUGAGCUGUUAAGUAUGGAGUUUAUAUAUACUAUUUGGAUACAUUUACAUAACUUGAAUCCUUAAAGGAAACUUCAUAUUCUCUUAGCUAAUCUGUUAUUAGAUAGACCCCGUUUGCCACAUUUACUAAUUUUCUGCAGACCAGAUGAUUCUAAUUGUUUGUUUUGUAAUCUUUUGAAAAGAUAAGAUACCUAUCACUCAUCUUCGACAUAUUUUUACUUAAAAAAUUCCUUUCCUGAUACUUAGAAAGUUGUACUGAAGGCUAGUUAAUCUGUAUAUAGCCUAGUCCCAGUCUGUAUAUAGCGUAGUCCCAUAGCAUGGUGCAUUGUUGUCUGCAACUAUAGUUUCAUUGAAGUUCUGAAAACAGGUGCUGAAUGGGAAAUUAGCCAGAGACCUGCCCCCUCGCCCCUUUUUAAACCAGAUAGCUUCACCUAUUUGAUCAGUAAAUUCUGAAUUGUUUUCCUCCCUAAUUUUUAGUAGAAUUAGCUUUAAUUAGACUGAAAAUUUGAAAUUAGCCUUUAUUUUCUUUUUAUUUUAAUUAUGUGUAUAUUAUUAAAUAUUGCUAAUUAAUUUCAACUAACUUUGACAUCUUAAAACAUUCUUCUGACUGACUAGACAUCUCAACUCCCCAGCAUAAUGCUAUUUUAUAACAAGAGGUUACUAGAUCAUGACAUUGCAUUCCUUAAAUUUCAGACUUCAAUUAAAUCAGUAUUUUAAAGAAACAAUGUGUUGUUUUUUUUCUAUUGCCACUUUAAGUAUCUUAUCUGAAAAUCUGUUCCUUGCCAUGUUUUUCUUCUGUAACAUAAACUGUGCCCUGUGAAUUUCUGGGGACUGAAUUUGAAAUUGCUCCUGCCAACUGUUCGUGGCCUGGUGCUUAUCUGAAUGCCUGAAUAUCUCCCCGCUGAAUGAAUUGCGUAUUCUGCCCUGAAUUCACUCUGAUAUAUUGAUUGGCUGGACGAUCUUGGUGCUGCCCACUUGCCGUUCCAGAAGAGCCACCGAAGGAAAAGAUCCAGGAGUAUAGAGGAUGAUGAGGAGGGUCACCUGAUCUGUCAAAGUGGAGACGUUCUAAGAGCAAGAUAUGAAAUCGUGGAUACUUUGGGUGAAGGGGCCUUUGGUAAAGUUGUAGAAUGCAUUGAUCAUGGCAUGGAUGGCAUACAUGUAGCAGUGAAAAUUGUAAAAAAUGUAGGGCGAUACCGUGAAGCAGCUCGUUCAGAAAUCCAAGUAUUGGAGCACUUAAACAGUACUGACCCCAAUAGUGUCUUUCGAUGUGUCCAGAUGCUAGAAUGGUUUGAUCAUCAUGGCCAUGUUUGUAUUGUGUUUGAACUGCUGGGACUUAGUACCUAUGAUUUCAUUAAAGAAAAUAGUUUUCUGCCAUUUCAGAUUGACCACAUCAGGCAGAUGGCAUAUCAGAUCUGCCAGUCAAUAAAUUUUUUGCAUCAUAAUAAAUUAACCCAUACAGACCUGAAGCCUGAAAAUAUUUUAUUCGUGAAGUCUGACUAUGUAGUCAAAUAUAAUUCUAAAAUGAAACGUGAUGAACGAACACUAAAAAAUACAGACAUCAAAGUUGUUGACUUCGGGAGUGCAACAUAUGAUGAUGAACAUCAUAGUACUUUAGUAUCUACACGGCAUUAUAGAGCUCCAGAGGUUAUUUUGGCUUUAGGUUGGUCUCAGCCAUGUGAUGUGUGGAGCAUAGGUUGCAUUCUUAUUGAAUAUUACCUUGGUUUCACAGUCUUUCAGACUCAUGAUAGUAAAGAGCACCUGGCAAUGAUGGAACGAAUAUUAGGACCCAUACCAACACACAUGAUUCAGAAAACAAGAAAACGCAAGUAUUUUCACCAUAACCAGCUAGAUUGGGAUGAACAUAGUUCUGCUGGUAGAUAUGUUAGAAGGCGCUGCAAACCAUUAAAGGAAUUUAUGCUUUGUCAUGAUGAAGAACAUGAGAAACUGUUUGACCUGGUUCGAAGAAUGUUAGAGUAUGAUCCAGUGAAAAGAAUUACUUUGGAUGAAGCAUUGCAGCAUCCUUUCUUUGAUUUAUUAAAACAGAAAUGAAAUGGAAAUCAGUGGUCUUACUAUAUUAUAUAUUUCUCUAGAAGAGAUUACUUAAGACUGUGUCAGUCAACUCUAAACAUUCUAAUAUUUUUGUAAACAUUAAAUUAUUUUGUACAGUUAAGUGUACAUAUUGUAUGUUUUGUAUCCUAACUAUCUUGUUGAGCAAGUAUGGUCUUGAUAAUGAAAUAUAAAAAGUUAAAAGUUAAUUGUUAAUUUUCCUUUUUAAGAUUAAUUACCAUUUUUAAGAACUUUGGAUUAUUCUUUGUGCCCAGUGAUAAAUGUGAUUGAUCUUGUCUUUUGUACUUGGAGGUCAAUUCUUUGAAGUGGAUUUUUUUUUUUUUUUUUUUUGAGUAAAAGGAAAUCUUGACAACUUUAUUCCUAAGUGAAUAUUCUUUAUAUACUCUCAAGUUCAAACCUUUUAACUUUAAAAAAUAUUUUUAAUCAUCAUUGAGUAGGUAAUAGUAUUAAAUGUAGGUAGGCAGAUAUUAGAAGCCAAAACACACAGGAGAUGUUUAUAGUUGGAAUUUCAUUGAAUCCAAAGUAUUGUGUACUCAUUUGAGUUGAUGUAAAUGGUGACAAGUAUUUAUGAAAAGGCAUCUGUCUGUUGUGACGGCUGUUUAAUUGAACUACAUAUACACUUUAUUUAAGAAUAAAGUAAUUAGAAAGUCGUAUGUGGUGAGUCACAUAGAAAGGAAUUUAUUGUUUCUUAGAGACAUUUAACCUUUUAGUCUUUGAUAUCAAAUCUUGAGGAGUUCUGAAAUUGUCUAGUUCUAUUUCCUUAUCAAAUGAAAGAAAUACUUAAACCUCAGCCUAUGAGAAUUCAACUACUACAGUAGUUUAUAUUUGUGUUAAUCUUUUCUUAAGAAUGAUUGGAAAAUAUUUUAGGGGAAAAAAGCCUGCAGAAAUUUCCAAACAUUAGUUUCUUAGACUUUUUCCUUUGCCUGUGUUUUUUCUUACUUUUACCUAUUUUCACAUUUAAAACUGCAUGGUAAGUGUUACUUUACAUGAAGGACAAAAACAAUUGAUAGCCGCCACGUAGAAAAGUUUUUUGUUGUAGAAUUCAUAAUUGCUUAUUCAAGUACAGAUACUUUUUGUUUAUAAGUAUCCCCUGUUUUAAAAUGUAUUUUACAAAAGAUUUGAAUUUUAUCUGUGCAUUGUAAGCAUAAAUUGUAUGAAAUUUUUUUGUUUGAGAAAUGGUGAAAUCAGGGUUGAUUCCCUACAUUAUUCACUGGUGGCAUUUGCCAGUGUAAUAAUACUAUGUAAAGUUGAUUGGGAAUUUAAGAAAGCUGAACUUUUACCAUAGAAUCAUCACAUAAAAUAUGCUAGAUCUCAAAACAUACACAUGUUGUGGAUUUUCCGAAUAGAUUAACUAUAUUGUUUUUUUUGUUUGCUUGUUUGUUUUCUUUUGCGGGGGGAAGUAUUUGAUGUAAAGAAAAGGUUGUCAAUAGAUUAGGCAAUGUUGCUAUCAGAUUAAAAUGGCUGUCAACCUUUACUUUCUCCUCCAUUUUCAUUCUACCAGUACUACUGUACUACCUAAGCCUCCUGUCCUUUCCCUACAAGUCUGUCAAGUUAUCAAAAUGACUACUUUUUCUCCCAGAGGAGAAACUUAUUACCUGAGUAGCUGCUCUCAGGAUAUAGGAAGAAGGAAAAUAAUCCACAUUUCUAAGAAGUUAGUGUUUGCUCACAUCCUUUCC